AUGGGUCAGAGCAAGUUGCCCUUGGCACAGGCGCUGAAUGUCUACAGCCGGGGCAUUGUAGGCCUCACCUUGGAAGCUUGGCUGGACGCCUGUCGCGGCCUCUCCCUACCCUUCAGUCGCCAUGAGGCCACAGCGCUGCACGCCGCCAUGGCUCGUGGUCCUGGCGCUGGCGCCAUUUCACCUGAGGCAAUUGCUGCGGAGGUGAACCGCACCAGUGCCAGGGGCGUUCCAGAGGAACGUUGGGCACAAGACUUUGUGGCGCAGAGGAUGCAACUUGCGCAUGAGGCUCAGGAAUGCACUGUGGCAGAGGCGGUUCAAGCCGCAGCAGACGGAGAAGCCGUGAGUGAGGAGUUGCUCCGCAGCGCCCUGGCGCGCCAUCAUCCCGUGCCAGACGACUCCUGGGCCCAACUUCGUUUACUGAUGGAACGGCGAUUGGACGAUGGCCUCGUGCUCUGGAGGCCCUUCCUCCAGUGGGUCUGUGGUUUCGGAGGUGGAGCCCCAAUGGGAACAGUGGCCGACAUGGUGUGCUCACGCGUGACGGCUGCCUUACGCAAGCAGAAGAAAUCUGCGGGCGAGCUCUUCGACGCAUUGGCGGGAGUCAAGGCGGCUGUGUAUUGGCAAGACUUCUGUGCCUUCUUCUCUCAGAUGGAGAGAUCCCUGACCGAGCAGCAGCUCCAAGAGCUGUGGUACAGCUUCGACAAGAACGGCGAUGGAAGCGUUUCAAAGGAGGAGUUCACCAAGCGCAUCGCGGAGGUGGAUUCCGCCAGCAAGGCCGUGACGGAGGCCAUUUGCGCACGCGUCAACAGCGCGCUGCGCCGUGAAGGAAAGACGGUGGAUGAGCUGUUCCAAGCCUUGGCGGGAGUCAAGGAUGCGGUCCAUUGGCCCGACUUCCGCAGCCUCUUUGCGUCACUGGAGCCCACCCUGCGUGAAGAGCAGCUAGAGCACUUGUGGCGUUGCUUCGAUACGGACGGCGAUGGAGGCAUUUCACGGGAGGAGUUCCGGAAGGCACUGUCGACCGUGGGCAUCACGCCGCCUGCACCAAGAAUCACACAGCCCUCUGCAGCCAGCUCUGAAUUGGCGCUGCAGGAGGUGUGCCAACGCAUCGGCGAAGCGUUGCGACGCCAGGCAGUAGCGACGCAGGGGAAACAUGGGGAAUGGUUAACUGCCCCCAUGCUGCCAUGGACUUCGGUGGCUGGUGGCCCGGUUUCGGCCCGUGUGGCUUCCGCACCCAGGACCUGGCAAAAGCCGCCGGUCGCAGUUCGGGUCGCCCUUCGGGCAAUACCGGCCGAGGUCCGUCAGGUCCGUCACCGGCAGCGCGACCGCGAGAUCCUCAGCUUGGCCUGGCCGGCGGUGCUGGGCGCCUCGAUCGAUCCGCUGCUGUCGCUGCUGGACACCUACUGGGUCUCAAGGUGCUUGGGGAUGGUCUCCCUGGCUGCGCUGGGUCCAGCGCUGAAUGUGGAGGAUUGGAUGUUUGACAUCUUGAAAACGGUGCAAGUGCCGGUCCGCACAUUGACCUCCGAAGCCGUCGCAGCCAAGAAGCCGGCCGAGGUCUCCAAGGUGCUGGCGCAGGCUCUGUGCUUCUGCUGGCGAAUUGGCUUGGCCGUGGCGUUGCUCGGCUCAGUGCUGGCCCCGCUGCUGUUGAGAUUGUCCUCGGUGGAAGCCACGUCUCCGUUGCUGGGUCCAGCCAAAGCCUACUUGGUGCCACGUCUCUGGGGAACUCCAGGUUUGUUGUCGUUGAUCGUGCUGCAAGCCACGCUGUCGGGCGCCUUUCGCGACACCGGAGCGGUGCUGCGGCUGGUGCUGCUGGGAGCAGGGAUCAAUGCGGUGCUGACGCCGCUGGCGGUGGUGCUGUUGAAGGGCGGGACAGCAGGUGCCGCCUGGGCGACGACCUUUGCCUGCUACUGUUCCGCUGCAGCCGCGUGGUUCACUGUCGCGCGGCGGCCCGGAGGGCCCUGGCUGCCGCCGCUGCGGCAGCUGGCGGCGAGGGCGCUGCUGUUGCGCAAAGCCGAGGAGUCUAAAGGAUGGAUGAAGUGGUUGGCAGCGAAUGCAGCAAUGACUGCCAGGAGUUUCUCUUCGUUGACCACCUGGUUGGUUGCGUGUGGCAUCAUCACAAAGAUUGGCGUAGCGCCGUUGGCAGCUCACACCUGUAUGACCAAAACCUUCCUGUCCUUCCUGUACUUGUUGUACGGCUUCCAGCUCUCCUCCCAAGUUCUCGUCUCUGCCGACUUAGCGCAGCAGAAACCGAAGCGCGCGCGUUGGACGGCGCUGCGCGCCACGCGGAUGGGCAUGGUGGUGGCGGUCGCUACGGCCUUCGCGCUGUGGGUUGGAAGGGACUCCAUCGCCAACACGCUGGUGAGGGACCCCUCAGUGACUGCAGCCUUCGAAACUUUGGUGCCACCAGCGAUGGUCAUGUUGCUGAUCUAUGGCGCUAUGUGGGUGGCAGAUGGAGUGCUGUAUGGCUUUGGAGAAUAUGUAUGGGUCGCGAAGUGCACCACUUGCGCAGCCGCAUCGGCUGGGAUCUUCAUGUUGCUCUUCUCCACGCUGAUGCAACCCACGGCUUCCCAUAUCUGGUGGAGUUUGAAUGUCAUGAUGGCGAUCCGAGCGAUCUUCGGUAUCCAUCGGGUGUUUUUCAGCAAGAAGUCACCGUUGUCCAAAGCAUCACUGGCAAAGUCCUCAGUUGUACAAAGUGACAAGGCAUAGCAGGGCGAUGCGUAGUCGCUUGUUUACCUGUUUUUUUUCGGAAAAAAUAUGCAGAAGAACUUCAUGUUUGGAUGAUCAAACCAUGCUUUCAUGUUGAUUUUACCUGGACAAAGUAAUCCAGUAGAUGUUUGGUUGGUGUUGCU